AUGGCAAAGAGGACUGUGUCACUGCUGUUACUGCUGCUGAUGGUGUAUGGGGUACUGCUGCUGAUGGUGUAUGGGGUUUGUUUGCCAGCUUCAACACAAGUCUGUAGACUGCUUGGUCAGCCUGCCCUUCCUUUAAUUUCAGUAGAAAGAGACAUCAACAUUGGGGCAAUUUUCUCACUUCACAAAAGUGCUAUUUUACAAAACCAUAAUUUCACUUUCAAACCAGAGGAAACAACAUGUGGCAGCUUGAACUUGCGUGAAUUUAAAUUUCUUCAGACACUUAUUUUUGCUAUUGAGGAGAUUAAUAACAGCACACAGCUGUUGCCUGGUGUUUCUUUGGGCUAUAAGAUACAUGACUCAUGUGGCUCAAUACCUAAGGCUAUCUUCUCAGGCAUGGCUUUGAUGAACGGUUAUGAAGAGACUUUGAGUGAUACGUCUUGUUUUAGACCACCAGCUGUUCAUGCAAUUGUUGGAGAGUCAAACUCCUCUCCCACCAUAGCCUUGGCAUCUGUAGUUGGUCCUUUCAGCUUACCUGUUAUCAGUCAUUUUGCCACAUGUGCAUGUCUGAGUAACAGAAAAAGGUACCGAUCCUUCUUCAGAACAAUUCCCAGUGAUUAUUACCAAAGCAGAGCACUGGCUAAGCUUUUCAAAUACUUUGGCUGGACUUGGGUUGGGACGGUCAGGAGUCGCAGUGACUAUGGUAAUAAUGGCAUUGCAGCAUUUGAGGAGGCUGCAAAAAAAGAAGGGAUUUGUAUUGAAUAUGCAGAGGCUGUCUUUAGAACUGACUCAGAAGAGCAGUUUCUGAAGACACUAGAAGUGGUAAAAAAGGGCACAGCCAGAGUGGUGCUGGCUUUUAUGGCAUUCGGAGAUUUUGUCAUCCUCCUUAAAGUAAUUGCGCAACACAACAUCACUGGCAUACAGUGGGUUGGUAGUGAAUCCUGGAUCACUUCUCGAAAUCUUGCAGAAACAAAGGAAUAUAGUUUCCUUUCUGGAGCUGUGGGUUUUGCUAUAGCAAAUGCUCAGAUUGUGGGCCUGCAUGAGUUCCUAAUGAAUGUCCAUCCUGAUCAAGCACCAAAAAAUAAACUUUUAAAAGAAUUCUGGGAAACAAUUUUUUUGUGCUCUUUUGGGAACAGCAGCAUUAGUGACUGCACUGGCUCAGAGAGGCUUGCAGAGAUGCGAAAUGAAUAUAUUGAUGUAUCAGAGCAACGCAUAGAGCAUAAAGUUUACACUGCAGUGUAUGCUGUUGCACAUUCACUACAUAACAUGUUAAAAGACUUUGAAUCCUUCACCAACAGCAGCAAAGGAGACCACCCCACACCACAAAAGGUGUUGGAAUACAUGAACGAUGUGAGCUUCAAUGUUAAAACCGGUGAGAAAGUUUUCUUUGAUGCAAGUGGUGAUCCAGUGGCAAGAUAUGACCUGGUGAACUGGCAGCCAGCUGAGGAUGGAAGUCUGCAGUUUAAGAAUGUGGGCCUCUAUGACAGUUCACUGCCUUCAGAGAAACAUCUUAAAGUGAAUCAGGAACAUGUGCUAUGGGCAGGAAACAGUGGACAGUUGCCUGUGUCUGUGUGCAGUGAGAGCUGUCCCCCUGGCACUAGGAAGGCUGUGCAAAAAGGACGACCUGUCUGCUGUUAUGACUGUAUUCCAUGUGCAGAGGGAGAAAUCAGUAAUGGCACUGAUUCUAGUGACUGCUUUCCUUGUGAUUUGGAGUACUGGUCGAAUGAAAGCAAAGACAGAUGUGUGUUAAAAGUGGUUGAAUUCCUUUCCUAUACAGAAAUCAUGGGGAUAGUGCUUUGUAUUUUAUCUUUUAGUGGGGUGCUAUUAACAGCAAUUGUAUCUUCUCUGUUUUAUCUUCAUAAAGAAACACCUAUUGUCAGAGCCAACAACUCAGAGCUGAGCUUCCUGCUGCUCUUCUCAUUGACUCUGUGUUUUCUCUGUUCACUUACUUUCAUUGGACGGCCCACUGAGUGGUCCUGUAUGUUGCGUCACACAGCAUUUGGCGUCACUUUUGUCCUCUGUAUAUCUUGUGUUCUGGGAAAGACAAUUGUGGUGUUAAUGGCUUUCAGGGCUACAUUUCCAGGAAGUAAUGUCAUGAGAUGGUUUGGGCCACUUCAACAGAGACUCAGUGUUGUUUUCUUAACAUUAAUACAGGUGAUUAUCUGUGUGCUUUGGUUAACAAUAUCCCCUCCUUUCCCAUAUAAGAAUAUGAGCUAUUACAGAGAAAAGAUCAUUUUAGAAUGUAACUUAGGUUCAGCUGUUGGUUUUUGGGCUGUUCUGGGUUAUACUGGCCUUCUAUCAAUCUCAUGUUUCGUUUUAGCUUUUCUUGCCCGGAAACUCCCUGAUAACUUCAAUGAAGCCAAGUUAAUUACAUUCAGUAUGCUUAUAUUCUGUGCUGUCUGGCUCACAUUUAUUCCAGCUUAUGUUAGUUCUCCUGGGAAAUUUACUGUAGCUGUUCAGAUAUUUGCAAUUUUAGCUUCAAGUUUUGGUUUACUAUUAUGCAUAUUCGCCCAAAAAUGUUACAUAAUUUUGCUAAAACCUGCGAAAAACACAAAGAAAAAAAUAAUGGGGAAAUCUUAA